UGCAGGACUUGAACGAGACUCUGCAACUGAACAGAAACCGGUGGUGAAGUUAGUUCGGGGUAAAGGGACAUGGGCUUUUCAUUUAUUCCCAUAACCACAUUUAUUUAGUUGGUGCCCGCCUCCGUCGUCACCCUCCUCCUCCUUCUCCUCCUCCGCGUGCUUUCAACUCAAUCUCACCUGUUGACGCCGACAAGCGUCAAGACUCCCCACACUGAGCUGUCAUUUUUGCUGGGAGGGAUUGAAUCAAACCAGGUGAAGAUAAAGUUGAGCUAACGAGGCUGACAGCUCCACAGAAAACAUCUGGUGAAGUCAAAGUAACUUUUACGCGAUCCUGGCUCGCGUGUGUGAAAAUGAAAGCGCUUUAAAAAGUUGGCUGAAGUGACGUUUCGCUACGGGGUUUUUGUUUUUUCGCUUCCCCCCUCUCCUCUUUCAUUUCGUCCGGCUUUCUUAUGAACUGGACGGCCCACAGCUCUUGUCGUUGAGGUUGGAGCACGUUUUUCCAGAAAUGCCCCAACAUAACAUGGAGAGCCCAAGGAGCCAGUGGCAGCAGGGGCUUCGGCCGCCGUGGAUCACCAGAGUGGCUGGAGGUCAGAGUCCCGCCUCUUCGGGGGCAGAGUCGGACACGGAGAGUAGCAGCACGGAGAGCGAUAGGUCCUGCAUUAAAAAGCUGGAGGUGGGUUCACUGAGGGUCCUGUCAUCGCCCUCAAUGCUCCAAAAGCGAAUCGCAGAGAUCGACCAACAGAAGGAGGAACUAAAGAUUGAGCUGCAGCUGGAGAUCGCCCUACUGCAGGGCGAGCUGCAGACGGAGAGGAACCAGCUGCACAGACACACACAGAAGCUGCAGGCUCUGCAGCAGGAGGCCAGACAAAAAGAGAGGCACAGACACACUGACAGACAAAAGGAGCGAGAGAGUCUGGAGGAGGAGAGACACAGGGUGGAGGAGCUGAAGAGGAGGUGUGAGGAGAAAGAGAAACUGAUCCCCAGUCAGCCAGAAAGCCAGAGAGAACAGCUAACCCUGCAACUGCAAAAGGAGAAGGAGGCGAUGGAAGCAGCAAUUCGGGCCUUUGAGGACUGGGAGUUUCGAGUUCUGGAGCAAGAGAGCGGCAUCGAUGAGGAGGACGACAGCACGGCUGACAAAGAGAAGGAGGGAGAGGAUGGAGGGGGGAUGGAGAAGGAAAUCUUGUGUCAGCAGCAAGUGGUCAGCACAGCGCAGGAGCGAGUCCAGCAGUUAGAGAGACAGCUGAAGGAGAUGGAGAAGGAGAAGGAGAGGGAGCUGAACGCCUUGAGGAAAGAAAGGAGAGAACUCGUCCAUACAACUCAAACGGUUCACAAAGAAAAGAAACCGCUCACUGAUUGGUCGAACAUCACUGGCUCUGCCCCCUGCAUGAUGUCACUUUCCCCUCUGACCGUUCACAAGCCCCCUCAGGAACCGAGCAAAGAUUCUGCCAGUUUGCCCAGAAGACGGAGCUCGCAUCGCAACAACAAACUCAACGACAGGCCGGUCUCCGCACACGGGUUGGUGAGAACGCUUCCAGACAGCCAGACGCCAGAGGCUUUCACUUCCCCCCUUCUCUCCCAUAGACUCAGCAACGGACACAGCAGUGGGCCCAGACCUGGGACCAGCAACGGUGGUGGGCUCCUCACUCCAUGCAACAGUGCAACAAGCUCUCGUGCUGCCAGCCCGUGCAUGUUGGAUCUUGUGGAGAUCGAGAAGAAACUGAGGGAGGCUAAGGCCGAGAGAGAGAGGCUACUCAGAGAGAGGGAAGAGCGACGACGGUUGAUAUUGGAGGAGAGACGACAAAAAGAACUAAACUCUCCCAGAACAGAACCACUGGAGCCAGAACCUCCACAAAGGCCAGAACCAGAACCAAAGGAGCAACCAAAGGCCAGUUCCCCCCCAAACUCCCCAGAGCAGCGCAGCCUGCCCCUUUUCCUCUCUCCCAACUUUGACCUCCGGGGUCAUGUGGAGUCUUUGGGUCACGGGGUGACCGGCUGCACGGACCUGCGCCUGACGUCCCGACGCUGUGCGGGCUUCCUGACCAAACGAGGGGGGAGAGUCAAGACGUGGAAGAAGAGGUGGUUCCUGUUUGACACGGACCACAGACGACUAGCCUACUAUACAGACUGUGAUGAGAGGAAGCUAAAGGGAGUCAUCUACUUUCAGGCCAUAGAAGAAGUUUACUACGACCAUCUACGAACAGCUGCAUCCUCUCCGCGGCCCAGUCUGACGUUCUGUGUGAAGACGUACGACCGGCUUUUCUUUCUAGUGGCUUCCAAUGCAGUAUCCAUGCGGAUUUGGAUGGAUGUCAUCGUCACGGCAACAGACGAGCACAGCCGUUAUUGACCUCUUGCAUAUGUGACUCUAAAAUCCUUGAGUGAAGCUACUGAGCACUGAGUCAUUUCUCUCCCUCACCUGUCUGAGGGGCUGAUUUGGCUGAGAUCCACCUCGGGGUCUCACUCCGUACCUGGACUCAUGAAUCGGUGCUGGAACAGAUGCGCUCGAACACGGAGGAAAUGGUUACUGGAGGAGUGGUGCUUUAGUGGCAGCAGAGGUUCACCGCUGAACCAGCUGCAAACCACAAGCAGCUUUACGCACCAGUGUGCACACUGGCUGUCUGUUACUGGGAGGUUUUACUGUUUGAAACUGACCUCCCUCUGCUGGUCUCAGUCCAGCAUUACAGGACUUCUGAAUACUUCUAUACUAGAAUACACUACAGCAGGGACUGGACACAAUAAUAGCAACACCUGCUCAGUAUAAUGCAAUCCAUCCAACAGUCUAGCAAUAAACACACCUUUGUCAGACUGUCAGAGUUGAGGUGAAACACAGGUGUUUCCAUUAAUAUGUCCACUUCCUAUAUCUUUGUUUUCAGGAAAGACAGACUGUACAUUCAAUUUUCUUGAAUUAAGUUAUUAUUUGGAAAUUUAUAUGGGUUUGAUAUGCAAAUAAGAGAAGGCAUCCAUUGUUAUGAAUGCACUAUUAAAUUUUUAUUUGUAAAAAACA